AUGCACCCAGGGCCUCAUGCGGUGCUCCCUGCUUAUGCAGUAACAGCAGCGGAUGAGGCAGCAGCAGUUAACGGGGUGCCGGAAGGGCACCCAGCUGGGUCUGCUGUACAUGCUGCAACUGUGCAGCAGACGCAGGUGCACAGCCAUCAGCAGGAAAGGCCACAGCCACCGGCGACUAAUGGCAACAGCAACGGCAGCAGCAGCAGCCCGGGAGAGAGUUGCUGCAGCCAAGUAUACGCAGAGAGGCAGGCUGCCUUCAAAAGCCACCCAGCAGCAGAGGCGAUGAGGCAGCAGAGGCUAGAAAUGAAUUCUGCCUUACGGGCUGGCGCUCGAGCUGAGUUGCUACGACAGCUGCGCGCGGAGACAGAAAGACAGCUGCGGCAGCAGGAGGAGCUGCUGCAGCAGCAGCAGUUUGAAGAGGAGGAAAACAACCAAACACAGCAGAGGAGACACCGCAACUUUUUCAACAGGGGUUCUGGCCAGGCCGUGAGAGCCCCUCCCGAGUGUAUGGACAGCCGCCCGCUGCAACAGCUGCUUACACAGCCUCAGACAUUGUACGAAAUUCCAGAGGACCUACGUUCAGGGGACUACAUGGUGGCUGUGCGGCCUGAGGGCCGCAGCUGUUUACUUCUGCUACGGGGUGGGCGAGGGCAUUUGUUUGGAAAGAAUGGAAGGCCGCUGCUGCGGCUGCAGUGCAGCAUCAAAUCGCAACAGACAGUAGGAGCAGCAGCACAGGCCUGCAUGCGCGGCGGGAGCUCCGCGAUGGUGCUGCUGCCGCAGCAGCAACGACAGGGUGUGCACAUGCUGCCGCUGGGGAGCGAAGCACUGCAAGAGGAACUUCAAAAGGAGGCUUAUUUCGGCUUGCCAGCUAACGAGAAGCAGCAGCAGCUGCUGCAGUUAAGCCGAAAUUUUGCUGUCUCCCUGUACGAUCGUGCUGUAUCGGAGACCCUUUCGGGCGGCUCCUGUCAAGCAGACGACUGCCAGCUGAACGAUUACCAUCUACAGCAGUUGCAGCAGCACCACGAGCAGCAACAGCAGCAGCACCAGCAGGGGGGGAUGCCACUGGUGUAUUUGCCUAUGGGGGUUUUGUCUAAGGGGCUGACACUGCUCGAGUGCGUCCUGUGUCCGUACACCUCUGCCAACAUGCAGUAUUGCUGCCGGCGGUACGCAGAGGCUGAGGGCGACACUGCAGCAGCAGUAGCAGGAGGAGGGGCAGGAGGAGGAGCAGGAGGAGGAGGGACGGAGGAGCCUUUGUGGCAGGUGUUGUUUGUGGUAGACGUCCUGUUUCUCGGGGGCCUUAUGCUGGGCCACUGCGACUUUGAGUGCCGUCACUUCUUCCUUAAGAGCAGGCUAGAGGAGACUCCUGAGGCAUUUGCGCCGCUGCAGUUGCUGCCGUUUGUCGGUGCAUCUGCGUCUGAGCUGCAGACUUUAGUGUGCAGCCCCCUUUUGUAUCCUCCUGACGGCUUUCUCUUCCACCACAAGUUGGCCCCUCACAUCGGGGGCCCCAAUCCUCUUGCCCUCUCGUGGAGAGAUGAGAAGAUAGCCCGCUUUCCUCUAGAUGAGAAGAAUAUGGGGCAGCAGCAGAUCGACACAUUUUUGCUGCUGCACCCAAACGGGGAACUUCGAAGCAGCGAGGGCCUCGUCGUGGGGCUGGCGGAUCACAAGGAGUUUUCCCUUGAUGACCUGAAGGAGCCUUGCAUAGCUCAUGUCAAGGUUGGGGACUUGGACUUGAAGGCUCGCCGUUUUCUUCGAGUUGAACGAAUACAUGGUGGAGAGACUUACAUGCAGAUUGAUGCAGGGAGAAACAGCGACACAGCAGUAGCAGUAGGAACAGCAGCAUCUGCUGCUGUUGCUGCCCCCCCGACUGCAACUGGUGACCCUAGCGAUGGAGACAGCCGCAGGGCCCAGAGAGGAGGUUCCCCCCACGCAGUGGCAGCAGCAACAGCACCAGCAGCCGAAACAGCAGCAGGAGAGAGAGGCAGCAGAAGGCAUCCAAGGCACAUUUGCAAGCCUGCAUGCGACUGCAACCGUUGCCGCAGCCCCGACAAGAAGAUGCUUCCUCGUGGGGCGAAGCGGGUGGCAUAA